GAACAAUAAUGAAACUACUGAGUACUCUUGUUUGCGCAGGCAGGCUGGAAAGAGGCCUACCCAACCAAGCAAUGUUUAGCAGUUAGCCACCAAUAGCAAUCGUUUUCCAUACCUCUGGACUAUGGAGAAGAUGCCUAAUUUUUCACUGAGCUGAGCUACUAGCAAAAUGUACCCAGCCUCCCGUUGACAUGUGUUGACUUUGUGGAUUUAAUUUUAUCUUAAUAACGAUUGUCUUUUAAUAACGUAAUGUAUGUUUAGUGUAACGAUAAAAGUACACAUGACUACGUCGGGUUGGUAUAUUUUCUUAUGGUAAUUGGGCUUCAUCUUUAUAAACUGUUCACCGGUUCUGGUUCAAGGGAGAAUGUGUGUUGUGUUUUCAGGGUUUGUUUUGCUUCUGGAAUAUUCAAAUUUACCCAAAACAAAAGGUAUUUAAUUAUAUAAAUAUUAUAUAAAAAUAAUAUUUUUUAAGCAAAGUACUUAUAAAAUUUAUACUUUUCUCAUUUUCUGAAUUCGGUUCCAUAUUACCGUAAACAUGAAAAGCACUGCGCAGAAGGAAACAGAUGUGGGUAGUGGUUACCGUGUUUACGGUUCCUAUAGUAACAGAAAAUACCUGGAGUACGGUACCAGAAGGCUUAAACCAAACUGGUUAAAAAGUUGAAAGCUCUAAUUAAUUUAUUAAAAGUUGUAAUUGAGGGCAGGUAACAGUAAAAGAUGGCUUCAUCUGGCGACGACAAGGCUCAGUUGGCAGUUUUUCUGCAGCCGAGGGGAGAAGACCAGCAGCUUGUUUUACAGGAGUUUAAGGACGAAUUAUCGAUGAGGAUGGUGGCUCAUAAAAAACUGCUGCGACACAGGCGGAGCCAGGAAAAACAGAGGCAACGCAACACAAUGGAGUCAAGAGCAAUGAAAAUCUACAGAAGAAGCAAAGAGCAGAACGAAGCCCGCCGUCCUUCUCCAGAGCCACAGUUUCCACCUAAUAUGUUUAGUGAAAAACGGAAGCAAAGGAUGAACUUUGAAUUCCUAAAGCAGUGUGUGGAGAGCCGGCCACUCCAUCCAAUCCAGCAUCAUUGGUUGGACUCCAUUGUCUCUCGUAUCCCACCGAAACUAAAAGACAGCCCAGAGUUUAUAAAACUGCUGCAGGAGCUGUGCACAGAAGUCAGCGAUGACUUCCACAAUGUCUUAGUCAAGCACACAGUGGAGACUGUACUGCAGAAUCCAGACAUGGAUGGUAUCUCAGAAAACCAGACAGCCAAGGGACCAAAAAUACUUGAAUUUUCCCAGUCUCUCCACGACAACCUUCUCAAAAGUCGCCGGAUGAUUAAAACACAUUUGCACAUCCUUCAUCCUGUAAUGCAAACUGUUUUGGAAAUUGGCUACAAAACAUUUUCUACCCUUGUUCUGGCUGACAUUUCAGGAUGUAGUUGGUCCAGGACGUCGGGUGCUGUGGACUGUAAGAGUCUUCAGAACAAAAUGGCCGUGGAGUGUAAGAGAACAGAAGACCGCAUCAUGAAUACUUGGUUUCCUAAAGUCAUCCACCUACUAACUAGUAAGGAAACGCUUAGAGGACUUAAAGAGGAGAAACUGGACUCCUUUUACAACUGUGCAUCCACACUCAUCUCUAAUCAGUUGAAAUCCUUACUUCAGGCAAACGUGGAGGCUUUCGUCACAGUGUUUGAUCUGAAUAGUGACCACUUACCCCUGUUCCGAAUGGCCUUGACGUUCGAUGAUGAAAAGAUGGAAAUUUACCCCACCUUACAGGAUGUGGAGGCUGCUGUGUUUGAGAGUCUUCAUGCCAUUACAAACACACUGCAGAGAGUCCAGACAGUCCAGGCCUGGCUGACUCAAGCUUCAUCUUCAUUUGUGGACGCCAAGGUGGCCGAUCACACACUUGACUGGGCGCGGGCGACAUUAAAGACAGCCGUGUGUGGAAAUCUGGAGGGAGCAGAUCAACAUUUCCAGAGUUAUGUUUCACAGUAUGACUGGCUCGUCAAUGGAACUGCACAGUCCGAAGUGAAGACAUUCAUCGAAGAAGAGCACUCUUUUGAAGAAUACACCCAGAAAGUGGAAAACUUCAGCACUUUGUCUAAAGAGAUCAUCAGCCUCCCAGGAAAGUUUCACUUUCCAAUGGUGCUUUUGGACUGUGAAGAGCUGAAGCAAGGACUGGCCAACAAAGUCAAAUCCUACGCUGACAUACUUCUGAAGAAAAUGGUCGACAGCCAUCGUGAACAAAAUUUAACGAUCAGCUCUGAAUUUGAAACCAUCAAACAAAAAGCUCUGAAAAUUCCUGAAAAUACAGAAGAGCUGAUCCAGCUGAUGGAUUACAUUCAAUUCGUCAAGACUAAAGGUGUGGAAGACCUGAAAGAAAUGAUACAGAAAUCUGGCUGCAGGAGCAUCUACCUCAUGGACUUCCACGUCUUUGACCCCGAGGAUCUUUCCCUUAAUGCCAAAGUUUUCCUCUGGCCUAAAAACAUUCUUCAUGUUUUUCAGCUUAGUGACGAGGUCAUACAGAAAGCUAAAGAGACAGGCGAGCAGGAGUUGUUUGCUAAGAGGCAAAGACUGACUGUUCAACUGGAGAAGUUGGGACGCAGAAGUGAGGAGUUCCAGCAUUGUGCUGAGCUGGAGAUGAUUCAACAGUAUGUUUCAGACAUCAGAACAGUCCACAAACUUCUCCAAGAGGCCGAGGAUGAAAUAGUCUUCAUUAACAAAGAAGAGACCUUCUACAAAAUUGAUCUGACAUCUUACCCAGAAGUUCACGUCAUCAGAGAAAAUGUUGGACUGUACCAGAAACUGUUUGGACUUGUGUUGAACUGGCAACGGACCGAGAACAGAUGGAUGAACGGACCAUUUGAGGAGCUGGAUGGGAUGUCCCUGGAGACGAACCUGGACGAGUUUUUCAGGGACAUCUUUAAGAUGCUCAAGUUCUUUCAACAGAAGCAGAACAGAGAUGAAAAAGAUGCUGAGAAGGUUUUCAGGAAGACGGGCGACGACGAGCCAAAGAAGCAGGAGAGCCCCUCUGUGGUUCUGUGCUCGGCUGUGAUGGAGCAGAUAAAGGAGUUUAAGGACCGUAUCCCUCUGGUGUCCAUCCUGUGUAACCCAGGCAUCAGAGCUCGACACUGGGACCAGAUGUCAGAGAUCGUGGGCUAUGACCUCACUCCAGAUUCCAGUACCACACUUCGCAAAGUUCUCCAACUAAACCUGUCUCCUUACCUGGAGGAGUUUGAGUCAAUCAGUGCGGCCGCUACUAAGGAGUUUUCUUUGGAGAAAGCCAUGCAGACCAUGACGCAUGUUUUGGAUGGUAUUUCCUUCCACCACCAGGCUUACAGAGAGACGGGCGUCUCCAUCCUCACUGCAGUGGACGAGAUUCAGACAGUUCUAGAUGAUCAGAUUGUGAAGACUCAGACCAUAAGAGGCUCACCUUUCAUCAAACCUUUUGAAAAGGAGAUCAAGCUGUGGGAGGAACGUCUGCUUCGUAUUCAGGAGAUCAUCGACGAGUGGCUGAAGGUCCAGGCUCAGUGGCUGUACCUGGAACCCAUCUUCUCCUCCCAGGACAUCAUGCAGCAGAUCCCGACAGAGGGAAGACUAUUUCAAACUGUCGACAAAAACUGGAAAGAAAUCAUGAGGCACUGCGUGAAGGACUCUAAGAUUCUACCAGCAACCUCACUUCCUGGUUUGCUAGAGAAACUAAAGGAUUCCAACCUCCUCCUGGAUAACAUCAUGAAGGGACUGAAUGCCUACCUGGAGGAGAAGCGUCUCUUUUUUCCACGAUUUUUCUUCCUGUCCAAUGACGAAAUGCUAGAGAUUCUGUCAGAGACCAAAGACCCUCUGCGGGUGCAACCACACCUGAAGAAAUGUUUCGAAGGCAUAUCUAAGCUGGACUUUCUACCCAACCUGGACAUCCAGGCCAUGUACAGCAGUGAAGGAGAGCGUGUUCCACUCAUCAGGCAUAUUUCUACGUCUGAAGCCAAAGGAGCGGUAGAGAAGUGGUUGGUCCAGGUGGAGGACGUGAUGCUUCGCAGCGUUAGAGACGUAGUGGCCCGGUCCAGGCUGGCCUAUGCUGAAUCACAGAGGAAAACCUGGGUUACAGAGUGGCCUGGUCAGGUGGUCCUCUGCACAUCCCAAAUAUUUUGGACCAUGGAGGUGCAUGAAGCCAUCAGAUCAGGACCAGACGGUUUAAAGAACUUCUACCAGCAACAGCAGAAUCAGCUCAACGACAUUGUAGAACUGGUCAGAGGAAAACUGCCUCAGCAAACACGGACCACUCUGGGAGCGCUGGUCACUAUUGACGUACACGCCCGGGACGUGGUCCUGGACCUCAUUGACAAAGGCGUGUCUCACGAAACAGAAUUCCAGUGGCUCGCCCAGCUGCGUUACUAUUGGAUUGAUGACGACGUCCGCGUCCACAUCAUCAACUGUGAUGUCAAGUACGCUUACGAGUACCUGGGAAACUCACCGCGAUUGGUCAUCACUCCUCUGACUGACAGAUGCUACAGAACCCUGAUCGGAGCUUUCUUCCUGAAUUUGGGCGGAGCGCCGGAAGGUCCAGCAGGAACAGGAAAGACUGAGACCACCAAAGAUCUCGCCAAAGCUUUAGCUGUACAGUGUGUGGUCUUCAACUGUUCUGACGGACUGGACUACAUCGCUAUGGGCAAAUUUUUCAAAGGACUGGCUUCGUCCGGCGCCUGGGCGUGCUUCGACGAGUUCAACCGCAUAGAGCUGGAGGUGUUGUCCGUGGUGGCCCAGCAGGUGCUCUGCAUCCAGAGGGCCACCGAGCAGAAGCUGGAGUUCUUUGACUUUGAAGGCACGAUGCUCAAACUCAAUCCCAACUGCUUUGUGUCGAUAACAAUGAACCCUGGAUACGCCGGACGGUCAGAACUUCCAGACAACCUCAAGGUGUUAUUCCGGCCUGUGGCCAUGAUGGUGCCCAACUACGCACUGAUAGCGGAGAUCUCUCUGUAUUCCUACGGCUUCCUCAAUGCCAAGCCCUUGUCUGUGAAGAUCGUCAUGACCUACAGGCUCUGCUCGGAGCAGCUCUCCUCACAGUUUCAUUACGACUACGGCAUGAGAGCAGUCAAAGCCGUCCUGGUGGCGGCAGGAAACCUCAAGCUCAAGUUUCCACACGAGAAUGAAGACAUACUGAUCCUGAGGUCCAUAAAAGAUGUGAAUGAGCCCAAAUUUCUCUCCCAUGACAUUCCUCUGUUCAACGGAAUUGCCAGUGAUUUGUUCCCAGGAAUCUCCCUCCCCCAGGCUGAUUAUAAGCUGUUUCUAGAAGCUGCUGCUGAAUGUUGUAAAAAACACAACGUCCAAUCAACAGAUGUCUUCUUACAGAAGAUGAUACAGACGUAUGAGAUGAUGAUCGUCAGACACGGAUUCAUGCUGGUGGGAGAACCGUUUGCAGGAAAGACCAAAGUUCUUCAUGUGCUCGCAGACACCCUGACUCUUAUGAAUGAGAGAGGUCAUGGUGGAGAGGAAAAGGUCAUCUUCAGGACUCUCAACCCCAAGUCCAUCACCAUGGGACAGCUCUUUGGACAGUUUGACCAAGUUUCUCAUGAGUGGACAGAUGGGAUCGUGGCCAACACUUUCCGCGAAUUUGCGUCAUCUGAAACGCCACACCGUAAAUGGGUGGUGUUUGAUGGUCCGAUAGAUACGCUGUGGAUCGAGAGCAUGAACACUGUGUUGGACGACAAUAAAAAGCUCUGUCUGAUGAGCGGUGAGAUCAUCCAGGUGUCUCCUCCGAUGAGUCUGAUCUUUGAAGCUAUGGAUUUAUCACAGGCUUCUCCUGCCACUGUCAGCCGAUGUGGUAUGAUCUACAUGGAGCCCUCUCAGCUGGGCUGGCACCCCCUGGUGGUCUCCUGGAUCAACUCUCUUCCUGACGUCCUCCAGAGUUCAGAGCAGCGCUCACUGCUGCUCGACCUCUUUCACUGGCUCUUGCCUCCCGCCCUGGGGGUCCUGCGCAGAAACUGCAGGGUGAGUCACUGUGUGGCAAAAAGCAGCAAAUAUUUAGCUUAUUAUUCUCAUUUUAAAUUGGUGUUGAACCAUUUCCAAUUUUCAUUUAUUCCAAUUUUUUUUUUUUUUCACUCUUGCAUCGUGGCUGCGUUUGCGUUCUCUCUGGUUUGGUCUGUGGGCGGCAGCUGUGACGCAGAGAGCAGAGAGAAUUUUAGCCACUUUGUCCGAGUGACCGUCUCAGGAAAAUCAGAGGAUCAUCCUCUGCCCACCAGCGUGGGGAAAUGGGAGUGUCCCUUCAACGACAAAGGCUUGGUGUAUGACUACUUUUACGAGUUUAAAGGAAAAGGACGCUGGGUUCACUGGAAUGACGCCAUCGGUGACGUCUUCCUGGGAGACAAAAACACCAAAGUGCAGGACAUCAUUGUUCCCACCAUUGACACGGUUCGCUACACUUACCUGAUGGACCACUGCAUCACUCACGGAGCACCUGCUCUGUUCGUUGGUCCGACCGGCACUGGGAAGUCAGUGUAUGUGAAAGAGAAACUGAUGAACCAUCUGGACAAAGACAGAUAUUUGCCCUUCUUUGUUAACUUUUCAGCUCGCACGAGUGCAAACCAAACACAGAAUAUCAUUACGGCAAAGUUAGAUAAGAGGAAGAAGGGAGUAUUUGGUCCACCAAUGGGGAAGAAGUGUGUCAUCUUUGUGGAUGACAUGAACAUGCCUGCACCAGAACAGUUUGGAGCGCAGCCUCCAGUGGAGCUCCUCCGACAGUACAUCGACCACAGACACUGGUAUAAUCUGAAGGAUACUUCCAAGAUCACUCUGGUUGACAUCCAGCUCAUCUCAGCUAUGGGGCCCCCCGGUGGAGGGAGGAAUGCAGUGACGGCACGAUUCUUGCGUCACUUUAACAUUUUUGCCAUUAAUGCCUUCAGUGAUGAAACAAUGGUUCGCAUCUUCUCGAAUGUGGUGGCCUUCCAUCUCCAGAACAAUGAAUUCUCACCAGAGUAUUUCACUGUGGGCGACCAGAUAGUCACUGCCACCAUGGAAGUCUAUAAAAAAGCAAUGCAGAAUCUGCUUCCGACUCCUGCCAAGUCCCACUACACCUUCAACCUGAGGGACUUCUCGCGUGUCAUCCAGGGCUGCCUGCUGAUGAAGAAAGAGUCUGUGCAGAACAAACGCACCAUGAUUCGCUUAUUUGUUCAUGAGGUUUUCCGGGUCUUCUACGAUCGACUGGUGGACGACAAAGAUCGCGGUUGGCUCUAUGAGCUGACGAAGAGCAUCCUCAAAGAUCACUUCAAGGAGUCUUUUGAUCAGGUGUUUGAUCAUCUGAAGGAAAAGAGUGAAUUGUGUGAAGAAGACAUGAGGAACCUUCUGUUUGGAGACUACAUGAACCCUGACCUGAGUGGUGAGGAGCGUCUGUACGCCGAGGUGACAUCGAUGAAAGAUUUUGCCCAGGUGGUGGGUUCCUGUCUGGAAGAAUACAACCAAAUGCACAAGAAUCACAUGAACCUGGUCAUUUUCCGCUACCUGCUUGAGCACCUGUCUCGCAUCAGCCGCGUGCUGAAGCAGCCGGGAGAAAACGCGCUGCUUGUAGGAGUCGGAGGAAGUGGACGUCAGUCCAUUACGCGUUUGGCGGCGUCGAUGGCUCACAUGACCGUAUUUCAGCCUGAGAUCUCUAAGAGUUACGGCAUGGCUGAAUGGAGAGAUGAUCUCAAGAUGCUGCUUAAAAAUGCUGGUGUGAAAGGUCAGAAGAUGGUUUUCCUGUUGACUGAUGCCCAAAUCAAAGAUGAAGGUUUUCUAGAAGACGUGGACAGUGUCCUGAACACCGGAGAGGUCCCUAACCUGUUCGCCAUGGACGAGAAGCAAGAGAUAAUGGAGGCUGUUCGACCCGUUGCCCAGGCCGGCAAUAAAAAUUUAGAGUUGAGUCCUCUUACUCUGUUUGCCUUCUUUGUGGCACGCUGUAAAGAAAACCUCCAUAUUGUCGUGGCCUUCAGUCCAAUUGGUGAUGCGUUUCGAAAUCGUCUGCGCCAGUUUCCCGCUCUCAUAAACUGCUGCACCAUUGACUGGUUUCAGCCGUGGCCGGAGGAAGCUCUCGAGCGUGUGGCCAACUCCUUCCUGGAGUCGCUGGAGAUGAGUGAAAAUGAACGGCGGGAAGUCGUACCGAUCUGCCAAACCUUCCACACCUCUGCCCACCAGCUCUCUCAGAGAUUCCUGACUGAGCUUGGGCGUCAUAAUUACAUAACACCCACCUCCUACCUGGAGCUGAUCGCUACUUUCCGUCAGCUCCUGACUCAGAAAAGAGACACGGUCAUGAAGGCCAAGCAGAGGUACAUCAGCGGUCUGGAUAAGCUAGCCUUUGCUGAAUCUCAGGUGGGUGAGAUGAAGAAAGAGCUGGAGGAGCUGCAGCCCAAGCUGGAGCAGGCCAAGAUAGAAAAUCUUGAAAUGAUGAAGGUGAUUGAAGUGGAAUCUCUGGAGGUGGAAGCUAAAAGUAAAGUUGUGCGUGUGGAUGAAGAGGCGGCAACAGUUAAAGCCAAUGAGGCGAAGGCUCUGAAGGAUGACUGUGAGAGUAACCUCGCCGCCGCUAUCCCUGCCCUGGAAGCUGCUCUCUCUGCACUGGACACUCUGAAGCCAUCUGACAUCACGAUUGUGAAGUCGAUGAAGAACCCGCCCUCAGGGGUGAAGCUGGUUAUGGCGGCUGUGUGUGUGAUGAAGGACAUUAAGCCAGAUAGGAUUUCUGACCCAGCUGGAACUGGAAAAAAGGUGUUUGACUAUUGGGGUCCGAGCAAGAAGCUGCUGGGAGACAUGAACUUCUUGCGCGACCUGAAGGAAUAUGAUAAAGACAAUAUUUCUGUCACUGCGAUGCAAAAAAUACGAAGCGAGUACAUGACCAAUCCUGAUUUUGACCCCAGUGUCGUGGCAAAGGCCUCGUCUGCAGCCGAGGGUUUGUGCAAGUGGAUAAAAGCCAUGGAGGAGUACGACAGAGUGGCCAAGGUUGUGGCUCCUAAGAAGGCCAGUUUGGCAGAAGCCCAGGAGUCCCUGGCCUCCACCAUGGCCCUGCUGGACCAGAAGAGGGCUGAGCUGAAGGAAGUUGAGGAUCGUUUAGCCGCUCUUAAGAAAACCUCUGCGGAGAAGAUGGAGGAAAAGGCUCAGUUGGAGCUGCAGGUGGAUUCAUGUGCCAGGAAAUUAGAGAGAGCUGAGAAACUCAUCGGUGGUCUGGGUGGAGAGAAGACCAGAUGGUCAAAGGCGGCAAACGAGCUACAGAACACCUACGACAACCUGACUGGAGACGUUCUCAUUUCUGCCGGGGUCAUCGCCUACCUCGGUGCUUUCACUGCUGGUUUCAGACUGGACUGCACCAAGUCUUGGACCAAACUCUGUCAGUUGAAGAAGAUCCCGUCGUCAGAUGAGUUUUCCCUCAGUAAAACUCUGGGCGAUCCCAUCAGGAUCAGAGCGUGGAAUAUCGCAGGUCUUCCCAGUGACUCUUUCUCCAUUGACAACGGCGUAAUUGUCAGUAACUCGCGUAGAUGGCCCUUGAUGAUUGACCCUCAGGGCCAGGCCAACAAAUGGGUGAAGAACUCGGAGAAAGACAACAACCUUAGUGUAAUAAAGCUGACAGACAUGGACUACAUGAGGACGGUGGAAAACUGUGUACAAUUUGGAACGCCGUUGCUCUUGGAAAAUGUAGGAGAGGAGUUAGACCCUUCACUGGAAUCCCUGCUGCUCAAACAAACCUUCAAACAAGGUGGCGUUGAUUGCAUCAAACUGGGAGAGAGUGUGAUAGAAUACUCCGGUGAUUUCCGUUUUUACAUUACCACUAAACUCAGAAACCCUCACUACCUGCCAGAACUGGCCACCAAAGUCUCCCUGUUGAAUUUCAUGAUCACCCCCGAGGGCUUGGAGGACCAGCUGCUGGGGAUCGUGGUCGCAAAGGAGAGACCAGAGCUGGAGGAGGAGAGAAACGCACUGAUCCUUCAGUCAGCUGACAACAAAAGGCAGCUGAAGGAAAUUGAGGAUAAGAUCUUGGAGACGCUGCAGUCGUCAGAGGGAAAUAUCCUGGAGGAUGAGAGCGCCAUCCAGAUUCUAGACUCUGCCAAAAUCAUGUCCAAUGAGAUCAGUAAAAAGCAACAGGUUGCAGAAAAGACAGAGAUUGAAAUAGCAGAGUCCAGAGAAGGUUACAGAGCCAUCGCCAAACACUCGUCCGUCCUGUUCUUUACCAUCGCUGAGCUGACUAACAUAGACCCAAUGUACCAGUAUUCUCUCAGCUGGUUUGUGAACCUCUACAUCAACUCCAUACAAGACAGCAUUAAGUCCAAGAUCCUGGAGAGGAGACUUCAGAACCUGAACGGUCAUUUUACCUACAACCUCUACUGCAACAUCUGCCGCUCGCUGUUCGAGAAGGACAAACUCCUCUUCUCCUUCCUCCUCUGCUGUAACCUGCUCCUAGCGAAAGACGAGAUUGAAUAUGCUGACUUUCUGUUCUUGCUGACCGGGGGAGUGGGCCUCCAGAAGACCACGUCGAACCCCGACCCCAGCUGGCUGCAGGACAAGAGCUGGGAUGAGAUCUGCAGAGCCAGUGAACUGCCUGGUUUGCGUGGUUUAAAAGAGGCGUUCAUCCAGAGUCCAGGCGACUUCAGGCCCAUCUACGACAGCAAGGAGCCCUACAACACUCCUCUGCCUGCACCCUGGUGCGACCAACUGAACCACCUGCAGAAAAUGAUCGUUCUGCGCUGCCUGCGGCCGGAUAAGAUUCUUCCAGCUGUGACUAAAUAUGUGACUUUGAACCUGGGAAAGAAGUUUGUUCAGCCCCCUCCCUUUGACCUGAGCAGGAGUUACCAGGAUUCUAACUGCACCAUUCCUCUGGUGUUUGUGCUGUCACCGGGAGCUGAUCCCAUGGCCAGUCUACUGAAGUUUGCCAAUGACAAGGGCAUGAACGGAACCAAGUUCCAGUCCAUCUCCCUGGGCCAGGGCCAAGGCCCCAUCGCAGCGAAGAUGAUCUCCACAGCUAUGCAGGAGGGAACGUGGGUGUGUCUGCAGAACUGUCACCUGGCCGUCUCCUGGAUGUCCAGCUUGGAAAAAACUUGCGAGGACUUCACUCCCACAACGUGUCACCCAGAUUUCCGCCUGUGGCUCACAAGUUACCCGUCACCCAAGUUUCCAGUGAUGAUCCUGCAGAACGGGGUGAAAAUGACCAACGAGCCCCCUACUGGUCUCAGACUCAACCUACUACAGUCCUACCUCUCGGACCCUGUUUCUGACCCCAAGUUCUUCAAUAACUGCCCCAAAAAGGAACUGAUCUGGGAGAAGCUUCUCUACGGCCUGUGCUUCUUCCACGCUCUGGUUCAGGAGAGAAAAAAGUUUGGUCCGCUGGGCUGGAACGUUCCGUACGGCUUCAAUGAGUCCGACCUUCACAUUAGCAUCAGGCAGCUGCAGCUGUUUGUGAACGACUACGACGAGGUUCCCCUCGAGGCCGUCACCUAUCUGACCGGAGAGUGUAAUUACGGCGGCCGCGUCACGGACGACUGGGACCGACGGCUUCUGAUGACCAUGCUGGCUGAUUUCUACACCAAGGACCUGAUGGAGAAGCACUGCUACCUGUUCUCACCCAGCGGUGAAUACUACGCUCCGCCCAAGUCUACGUACGAGGACUACAUCGAGUUCAUCAAGAAGCUGCCGGUCAACCAGCAGCCGGAGGUUUUCGGGAUGCACGAAAAUGUGGACAUUUCCAAAGAUCUGCAGCAGACGAAGCUGCUGUUCGAUUCUCUCCUGCUCACCCAGGGCGGGGGCACCAAGGGAGGGGUGAGCUCCGGGAGUGACAACACACUCUACGAUAUCGCAAAAGACAUCCUGACUAAGCUUCCAGAAAAUUUUAACACAGAAGCCGCUUUACUGAAAUUUCCAGUCCUGUACGAGGAGAGUAUGAACACCGUUCUGGUCCAGGAGAUGGAGCGCUACAACACGUUGUGUAGUUUGAUCCGUGUCAGUCUGCAGAACCUGAUGAAAGCCAUCAAGGGUUUGGUGGUGAUGGACGCAGAGUUGGAGGCAGUGGCCAGUAGUCUGGUAGUGGGCAGGAUCCCAGAGAAAUGGGCCAAGCGCUCCUAUCCCAGCCUCAAACCCCUGGGCAGCUACAUCUCUGACCUUCUUGCGAGGCUGAAAUUUUUGCAGGAGUGGUACGACACACGGGCACCCAACAUUUUCUGGAUUUCUGGUUUCUUCUUCACCCAGGCCUUCCUCACUGGUGCCAUGCAGAACUACGCCAGGAAAUACCACGUUCCCAUUGACCUGUUGGGUUUUGAUUUUGAGAUUCUUCCCACCGAUGAGGUCAACACGUCACCUGAGGACGGUGUUUACAUCAAUGGACUGUUUCUGGAUGGAGCUCGGUGGGACAGACACAGCGGCGUCUUGGCUGAACAACAGCCCAAAAUCUUGUUCGAUGUGAUGCCCACCAUCUGGAUCAAACCCACUGAAAAGAAAGGUUGUGGUCAGCAGCACAGACUGUACGUCUGUCCUCUGUACAAGACCAGUGAGAGGAGAGGAACCCUCUCCACCACAGGACACUCCACCAACUUCGUCAUCUCCAUGAUGCUGCCCACCAGCAGGCCCCCUCAGCACUGGGUUAAGCGCGGCGUGGCCCUGCUCUGUCAGCUUGAUGACUGAUCUAAACUGAGUCAUUCACUGGAAAACAACAUCAGUCUACAGGUCUGUAGUGGUCUGAACUAACACCGGUGGUAAACGUGUGGAAAAUUAGCAUGAUGGCGUGACAGCGGCUCUGAAGGAACCUUCUCAAACACACAGCAUGGCUCAUGAUGAAGUUCUAACUUUUUGUUUUG